AUGACAACGGUAAUGUUACUUGCAAUUGUUGGUAAUAUAUUUCUUAUUUUCAUCAUAUUUCGUGGAAAUGCUGUCGUGAAACGACGUAUAUCACCGGUUCAGCUUUUGCUAUUGCAUACAUGUGCUGCAGAUUUAUUAUUUGCAUUAUUAUCAUUGGGUACCGAAAUAAUUAUUAUUCUGAGACAUCCCGUAUUUGAUGGACCAGCUUGGUUAUGCCAAUUAAUUAGAUAUCUGCAGAUGUUCCCAAUGUAUACUAGUUCAUUUUUAUUAGUUGCUAUAAGUUUCGAUCGUUUUCAGGCUAUAUGUCGUCCAUUACAGACUUAUUGCAGUGAUCGUUAUCGAAGACCAAAUUAUUUUGCAAUAAUUGCAUGGAUUACAGCUUUAAUAUGUUCCACACCUCAACUAUUUAUUUGGCAUAAAACAAAAUAUGGUGAAUGUGCCACAAUAUAUGGACAUGGUGUGUCCCUUUUGAAAAGUAUUUAUGUGAUUAGUUUUAAUACCAUUGCUUGGCUAAUACCAUCAAUGCUAGCAGCAUUUUUUUAUUAUCGAGUUUGUAAAACUAUUUGGUUAUCAUAUCGUAAUCAACAAUUACUAUUACAAAUGUCUGACUCAUCACCUAUAAAUAAUAGCUAUAAAAAAAAUCCAAGUCAAGAAACGAGAUCUUAUGUUGUUAGGUUACACAAUGAUUCGAGGCAUUGCCGUCGACAGCUGAUGAAGUUCAAUCGCGAUCGAUUUCAAACCAUUUGCUUAACAAUGACUAUUAUUUUUUGUAAUUUUUUCCUAUGGGCACCAUUUUGUGUGGUCAAUGUUUUGCAAGCCGUCGUACCUCACUUAUUGAGUUCACAACUAAUCACUUAUAUAGUUAUAUUGGGCAAUUUAAAUUCAUGCGUUAAUCCAUGGAUUUACAUAAUAUUCAAUAGAAAUCAAGUUAAAAAGGCAUUCACAUUUACAAAUGACAUAAAUGGAAUGAAAUGA